AUGGAACUUCUCUUCACACUUUUUCUUGUUGUUUUGACUGUUUUUGUGGCAAUGUCUUUCUAUUAUGAACACCCCAAGGCAAAAAUCCCGCCUGGAAUGAGUCAGCGCAAAAAGCUUUACGCUUUUCAUUAUAUCAUGAACUUCGGGUUUGGUCUGGCAACAUUAAUGGAAAAAAUUGGUAUCACUUCAGAAGUCCAUUUCCUCAGGAUUAUGAUGGAUGGAAUACCGCCACCAAAAGAUAAACAUCUUUUUAUCAAAGACUUAAGAUUUGAAAAGGUUAAAGUAAGAAUGUACCAGCCAAAAAUGUCAACCACUGGACAAAGAAGAGGAAUCCUUUAUUUUCAUGGCGGAGUUGGACGGCUUGGAAGCAUUCAGGCCUAUGAAAGAACAUGCCGCUACUUUGCUAGGAAAACCAACUCAGUGGUUGUGUCUGUUGGGUAUCGCUUAGCUCCUGAGUACCCAUAUCCAACCCAAUUUGAGGAUUGUCUCACUGCCACCAUACAUUUUAUGAGGACAGCACAAGAUUAUGGAGUAGACCCUUCUCGCAUUAUUGUCUGUGGAGAUAGCAGUGGAGGUACACUCACUGCUGCUGUUGCCCAAGCACUGGUAAACAGAAGAGAUGUCCCAAAGCUGAGAGCACAAAUCCUAAUAUAUCCUUUUCUCCAGGGUGCAGACUUUAAUUUGCCUUCCUAUCAGCAGAAUGAGGGCAUUCCCGUUUUGUUAAAGGAACGAACUGUCUCUCUUGGUUUGAAGUAUCUCAAUACAGACUUGUCUGCCAUAAACAAUGUGCUUCAAGGCUGUCAUGUUUCAGAAGAACUGAGACUGAAGUAUCAGAAAUGGCUGAGUCCUGAUAACAUCCCUCAUGAGUUUAAAACAAGAGGCUACACACCAAGUACAGAACAACCAUUCUCAGAAGAAAUCUAUACAUUGGUCAAGGCUUUUCUUGAGCCUGUUUUUUCACCACUGCUAUCUGAAGAUAGUGUUAUUGCUCAGCUUCCUGAGACUUUCAUUCUGACCUGCGAAUAUGAUGUACUUAGAGAUGAUGGACUGCUGUACAAGAAACGAUUAGAGGAUCAGGGUGUAAAAGUGACCUUGUGCCAUCUGCAAGAGGGAUUCCAUGGAACAAUAUUUUUAGCACUUUAUGGUAAGAUUACAUCAUUCAAAUCUGGACUCAAAGGCCUGGAAAAGAUAACAAAAUUUCUAAGGUUGAUGUAA